AUGUUUGAAGCAGUUUUCCGUUUGUGUAUAUUCCUACCUUACAUCUCCGGACUGAUUCUGCCGUUAACGAAAUCCGACGGUACAGCCGACCUUACCAGUAUCUUGAGUCACAUCACUCUCCUCGAACAGACUGUGGACACUCUUCACAAUGACACAAAUAGGUUGCAGAUUGAUCUACGGACUACGAACGAAAGACUCCAGCUCACACAGGCUGAUCUGAAUAUUACAAGACAGGAACUACAGACGUCUCGAACAGACCUGCAGGUAACUCGAACAGAUCUGAAUAUUACAAGACAGGAACUACAGACAUCUCGGACAGAAAUCCAGGCAACAAAGGUCGACCUUCAACAUACACAGACCGAUCUUCAAACUACAAAGAAAGACCUUCAGACCGCCCAGACAGACCUCAUGACAAAGGGUUUACAACUGAAACAUUUGAACUCAGUGUCCGAAACCAGCGCCGUGGCUUUCCAGGUUUUUGUGUCAAGUUCCUACAACGUAACAUCACUAGACCCCGUGGUGUAUGACAGCAUCAUCUACGACACUGGAUCUGGCUACAACACCACGACUGGGAUGUUCACAGCACCAGUGAACGGAACCUACAUGUUCUGGAUACAGUUGGGCAUUCUUCUCCAAAGGUUCCCUCCAUCGACUUCGAUCAAACAAUCGGGAAAGACAAUCGGCAGUGGUUGGGCUGCAUAUUCUUCUUCCGAGGGCGCAGUUUCCGCUACAUGUGUCAGUCAUCUGCAGAAGGACGAGGAGGUGUGGGUGCAGUUUGAACAGUUCCGUGGAGAUAUUCCAAUAACAGUCACCGUUCGUUCAGGCAGCUAUGUAGGAGAUGCGAUAUCUUUCAUUACAGGACAUCUGCUUCAACAGUUUUGUCUUAUUCAUCCAAACUUCAUUGGCCUUCAGUUCUUACAAUAA